AAUAAAGACGCCCGUUCUUGUUGUUCCACCACCUCCUUGAUCAACCUCGCAACAAAACAGAGUGAAACGAGCCCUGAAUGGAAUCAUUUCAUUACUCUCAGUUCUCUCAGGAAUAUUCAAAUGUUCACAUAGCGUUAUUCACCAACGUUACAAACGCCACCGAACUGAGAAAUCGCCUUGUUCAAGCGUCGACCAUGUCCGGACCUGAAGGGGAUGCUGAACGACAAGCAGUCGACUUUGCUUUUAUCGAUGCUACUCUUAUAUGCAGUACUUUACACCUAAAAUCUGCCAUCCUGAAUUCGGUGCUUGCCCAGGCUCAAGGGGCAUUGCGCACGAAAACGGUCCAUUCAGAGAUUUUAUGGAAUCUCAACCCUACUAAUAACAUCUCUGAAGCUAUCAGACGUUAUGGCGUGUCUUCGUCUACUACGUCUCUUCUAGUUGUUCGAAUAGGGCGUCCAGGAGAUCCGGCUACUGUUCAAAUGCAGAUGUCAGCAGUCGUUUCUGGAGACUUAUCACCCACAUCCAGGUUGGCUGGGAUCACCGACUGGGCAAGGGUCAAGAAGUACUACAAAAUUCUUCAACAAAUCGACGCAGAUCCUCAGAAGGAUAUACAGCGAGUUCAUGAAAUAGUGGUCAGCUCGGUAUCCAUGAAGAGCGUUAUUGUCUGAUGGCUCCGCAUUGGCUAUUGGGUACCAGGUGUCCUGGCGAUGUAACAAUUCAAGCCGGCGUUAUUCCUGGGCUGCGAACUGCGAGGCGACGCCAUUCUGCACAUGGACUGGUAUCCCGUCCACUUGAGCAUCUGGGUCUGCAUACACCUGUAAGUGGCGUACGCUCGGCCACUUCGUCAAUUGACAUGACCAAAUUGCUCUCGAAUUGAUGUAGGCCAACUUGGAAACAUGUCUGCUUGGAGUCGAGUGGCGAAUUAUUCGGUGUUCUUAGACACACCAGAUCGUGUUACUGCUAAUCUAAGACUCUCUUACGAACGAUAUACUUACAUACCGUAUUACGCCUUCAUCUACUUUCCAGCUGAAAGUCAACUGCAAUAAAAUACAAUCCUGGACCCUUUAUAUUC